UGUGGUCGAAAGGCACUGUCAGUAAAUAACUUGAUAAGCUGAUCCAGAGAGCCCCCACAAACGAUGGCAGCCAACUCCUUGACUCCUUGGACUGAUCUCAUUUUGUCCAAUUCAGAGAACUUUUCAUGCCAACGUCAGUUUCCACGAAGCGCCCCUGACCACGAAAAUGUUGACAAUGAGCAAUCUACGGAGCCUUGGCCAAAUCCAGCAACGGAUCAUAUCGCCGAGGGACAUGGCGACGAUAAGGUGAAUUCGCAACCCUUUCAUGAGGACUCAAUGUCGAGAGACUUGAUGGCGGAGCCAAUCACUACCGGCGCAGGGUUCAAGAAAGCCUUUUGGAAGUCAUCUCGCUUCAAUACCUCGUCAAACAGCGUUUCCGAUCAAAAUAAAGGCGUUGCCAACACCGAUUCCCUUGAAGAAAAGACUCAAGAUUCUUUUCCGCAAAACGAUUUUGACGCCUCCUUCUCUGAUCUGGCUGACACACAUGACUACAUUUACCCUUUGGAGGAUUCAUUGGCUGAACAGCCAAACACCGGUUUCGCUUUUCGUGCGGAAAAAUCAAAACAGAAACUCGUCGAUGGAGAAGAGCAUGGCUGGACUAUUGCUGGUGCACAGAGUUCCUCGGCAACUACUCGGUCCGCCGCAGAGUGGGUCGAAAGUACUUCACACACUAGCGACUUUGAAUCUCAUAUACUCACUGAAGAAGUGCAUCAAGCCCAACAAAAAAGAACGAAUCGUACUUGGUUCACUCACGCAAUUGCACUUGUCUUUACGACUAUGAUGCUGGUUGAGUUGGGAUUGAGCGGCUGGAGGUUUGCUCCGUUAAACAUCAACCCACUGAUUGGACCAUCGUCCGAGCAGCUCAUAGAUCUUGGUGCACGUCAAACGUCGUUGAUUUUGGAGGAGGGGCAGUGGUUCCGUAUUGUUACACCUAUUUUUCUGCACGCUGGAAUAGUGCACUACCUAACCAACAUGCUGGCAUUCUGGUUUAUUGGUGGUGCCAUCGAGGAAGCGCACGGAAUUGCUACCGCCAUAGUGCUGUUCUUCAUUCCGGGCGUUGGCGGGAACAUUUUGGGGGCCACGUUUUUGCCUCAGUACAUUAGUGUGGGAGCUUCCGGUGGAACAUUCGGAAUGAUUGGGGGCUACUUUGCGGACAUCGUGUUGAACUGGAAUAUUUUGUGCUCUAGGGACCAUGACGAAGACGUAUUGAACUGGCGCAAAAACAUUGCCGCAAUAGCCCGUUUGGCUAUCGGAAUCAUUGCUCUCUUGGUGCUGGGUGUUACCCCGUUUAUUGACAAUUUUACCCAUUUGGGUGCACUGUGCUACGGUCUACUGUGUGGCUUGUUUGCCAUCGAGCCAGUUCCCUUGGAGGGAUCCAUUGUUAGACUUCCAUCUCGAAAAAUGAGCGACUUGCUAUUUCGCCAGAUUGGUGCUAUAGUGAGCGUCUUUUUGCUGGUGAUUACGUCGGUAGUCUUGAAUUCUAUGAAUGUUGACGACAGUCCUUGUCAUGGCUGUCAAUACCUUUCGUGUGUACCAUUUCCGUGGUGGACGGAGGCAGACGAGCGUUGGUGGAGCUGCGACGACUGUCCCUUCGUCACAGCGAAAGUACACAAUACCAACGGGGACUUAUUCUACGAUCGUAUGGAUUUGGUAUGUCCCAACGAUGUGGUUGAACAAAUUGAUAUUACGGGGAAGAAUCUAACCAGCGGAGACGAGAUCAGCAAGCUAUUGCCUUCCUACUGCCGGGCUCGUUGUGAAGACAAGUUCCAGUAUUGA